CGCGAAACGUUUAACAGAAGUGUCUUCGAGUUUUUUGGCACAAAAUUAUAACAUUUGUUUGUGCACCGAACUAAAUAUCCAUGCUUCAUUCAGUAAGAUGGUUCAACUGGUCGUGAAAGUAGCUGAAUCAGAGGGCAGCAUUCCAGAAUGGAUGUUACUCGAGAUGCAAGGGCAUCUGGAAUCCCCAGGUGAGGAACAACUCGCAGGAAACUUCAUCGGUGAUCUUCAUUUCAACAAGAAGGGAAUUCCAAUUAUUAUCAUUGGACAUCACAUUUUAUACGGCAAAGUGGCAAACCUGGAUAAGCCCUACAUUGUCCUCAUCAAAAACAGUAAAUCCACAACAAGUGACCCUUCCGUCUCGGACUCUGGAGACCUUAAUGACUCUGUUGCCAUGGAUACGGACAAUCCCAAGGAUGAGGACUCUGACGGGAUUUAUUACAAAGUGUCUGCGGCCAUCAAGAGGAAGAUUGUGUUUAAGACCCGACCCAAGCCAAUCAUCACGUACGUCCCAAAGAAAUGAGUUAAAAAGUCGAGGACAAGGUUGGACUAAAAAAACAAAAACCAUUAGCGUUUGCUAACUUCGUUCAGAUGAACUUCCCAUCACAUGGCUGGAAUUUCAUUUUGUAAAGGGCAAGGCCAUUUUUGUUUUGUAAAGGGCAGUUCCAUUUGAAAGACUGUGGGAAAGAUUGGAUAGGGCACCAAGGUGAAGACCAGGGGCAACAGAGGCUUUUGUGGCCUUGGUGUUACUCCAGGCCUGCCAACCUUGCUCAGUCCAUCAUCCAGGGGCAACACUGAUUGGAACUGGUCUAUUCUGAAAUCGGAAAAAUAUUACCUUUAAGGAACGUUACAGAAUUGGUAAAGAAAACAAAAUCGUGAAGAUCACAGAUUUACAUCAAACUUACACGGUCUAAUGAUGAUGAUAGUAGAAACAUCCCUGGAGUGGAAAUAUUUUGUGCCUGAAAUGUAAUAUUUGAUGAGAAAUAAAUAAUUUAACUUUGCGUUUGAAGUAUACCGCUCACUGAG